AUGGCUACGAAGAAUUCCACUCCGGCCAAUCCUACCGCCGACAACCAGAUUACAGAGCUAUUCCCUACCAUCGAGGAUGGAGCGGGCAAAGCAACCGGGGAGCGCGCUCCGGUGCCGACGGGUCCCGGCUCCGCCCCCACCCACCCGGACGGAAGGCAGAAAGGAAAACGAUCUCUACCAGACGACAAAUGUGAAGAACCCCACAGCGAGCCAGUAGCGCUAGCGGUUUCGUACCAGCUCUGGAGAUUUUUGCACGGAGAAUCCUCAUCCGAGGAUUCCUCAUUCGGCGAACACUCAUGCGGGGAAUCCCACCCAAAGAAAAAGCGAAGAAUUCUAGAUAUAACAAGGAAAAUUGAUUUACUAUUCCCGGAUGGAGCUGGUAGCCCAUCUUCGAGCAGUACUAGUGUCGGUAGUAGAAGUGGUUCCAACGCGGGCAUCGGAGGUGGAGGUUCCGGCAGUGGCGUAGGCGAAAGCACAGACAUAAGUUCAAGAACUGGCACCCUCUCCAGCAACCCCUUUGCCCUGUUGUUGGGCCAAGUGCGAGAUGAUCCAGACUACUCGUACGCCAUGAGCCAAUACCUGAGCGAACCACCCAAGGAUGGCGGCCCAACCCUCUUGGCCAGAACGAGCGAGAUGAGGGAAAACGGUUUCCCAGAAGGCGAUCCGUCACCAUCGAGCGAAUAUCAGGCAAACCCCACCACCACCCUCAGAGGUAUGCUUUUUCUUUCUUUUUUCCUGAUCAUACACACUACCGGUAGCUGCAUGGUCCCCGCGUCAUAUCCGACGCCCACGAGUACUGUGUGGUCAACAUUGGGCGGACACUAAUACGACGAAGUCUUAGUUCCAUUACCGGUGGAUGGAGGCGACCGGGAUCCAAUGGAGUUGGGGGAGGAACAAGAGGGGAGAGGGGUCUGACGCUCUUGGGAGAGAGCGUUCUGCGGGAUUACGGGCCUUUUAAUUCGCUAGAUGGGAGACAUUCGUAAGUGCAACACCCCUUGACCGCUGUUUGCCCUCCCGCCUUCAUAGGUUACCGGUAUGCGGCCUGGUGCCUUCUACAGGCACUCGAGCACUCCCCACGUCUGAGCUGUACUAACGAAGGCCGAUGCAAUAGGCCCCUUUACAACAGGGUUGGGAUGGUUGUUAUGGAAGGUAUUUGCCUAUGCCUCACAAAUCGGCUCAAUCAGGUAUGUUUCCAAUGUAGCGGUUGCCUGCACUUGCACAGUAUCCCUGGAUUUCCAUCACGACUGACUGUUACCGCAUUGCUUGACAGCCCGUACCCGAAAGAAUGAAAACGUCAGGUUCGGGCCAAGGCCGAUGUAGAAUGAUGAGUGCACGAAAAGAAAAAAGGAGGAAUGUUCCACCACCCCCCAUCUCUUACGACACUCGAGUAUCACAAAACCGGGUGUCCUUGGUAUUAUACGAUGGCUAGAUGGGGGGGGUUCGGGGGAAAUGUUAUUGGGUAGAUGGAUGAUGGUUUCCCUCUGCACGCCUAUUAUCGUACUCAAGUGCUCGAGUACUCGCAUGCGUAGAUGACUACACGUACAUGGAGGAAGGGUUUCCCCUUUCCUCCUCCCCAGACCCUUAUUCUCUUUUGUCUCGGAUUAGUUAGCGGGCCCAAACGCGGGAUUUCAUUGGAUUAUUCAAUAGAGAUGGAUAAAUAAUAAACGCACAACGCGGCCCUUUUGUUUUUCCGUAUUCCUAUUUUUAUCCUCUCCCCCCCAACUUCCGGCUCAGCUUUCGUUUUGUGCCUUCAAGAUGCGUGAAAAGGAGGAAGAGUAAAAAAAAUAGUACCCGAGUACGGUAGGGAAAUAGUACAGUACACGCAGGGAAAUGGUGGGGAAAUACUACCGGUAGUAGUAGAAAUGU